UGGACUCUUUUUUGCAGCCCCUCUCUAUCUCUCUCUAAACAGAGCCACCCAUUCUCUCUCCAUUAACAAAAUUUUGUACAUUGAAUUUGGCGAAACGGAUUUUCUCCUUUUUGACCUCCUCUGGGUUCUUCGAUUAUCUCUCCGCUCGUGUACAGUAUCUAUACAAAUUGUCGUCUUCUCACUUUUCUACUAAAACGCCCAGAUUAUCGAAAUCCCAAGUUGUUAGGGUUUGUUAAUUUCGCAUCCUCUGUACAAUUUCGUAGGAUUUGAUGGCUGAUUUGGAAGAGAUUGGAGCUGAUAUCAGCUCGGAUAUCGAAGUUGACGACAUAAGGUGUGACAAUAUUGCGGAGAAAGAUGUCAGCGAUGAAGAAAUUGAAGCAGAAGAAUUGGAGAGACGGAUGUGGAAAGAUCGAAUCAAGCUCAAAAGGAUUAAGGAGCAACAGAAGCUUGCAGCUCAACAAGCUGCAGAAAAGCAAAAGCCCAAGCAGACGUCUGAUCAAGCAAGACGGAAGAAGAUGUCAAGAGCCCAAGAUGGAAUUUUAAAGUACAUGUUGAAACUAAUGGAAGUAUGCAAAGCACGUGGAUUUGUGUAUGGAAUCAUUCCUGAAAAGGGUAAGCCAGUAAGUGGUGCAUCUGACAAUAUAAGAGCUUGGUGGAAAGAAAAGGUCAAGUUUGAUAAGAAUGGACCAGCGGCCAUUGCAAAGUAUGAAGCUGAGUCUUUAGACAUGGGCAAGGCCGAUCAAAAUCGAAAUGGAAACUCCCAGAACGUUCUUCAAGACCUGCAAGAUGCAACUUUGGGUUCUCUCCUGUCUUCUCUAAUGCAGCACUGUGAUCCCCCUCAAAGGAAAUACCCUUUAGAAAAAGGAGUUCCGCCACCUUGGUGGCCAACUGGAAAUGAAGAGUGGUGGGUAAAGUUAGGGCUAGCCCAUGGACAGAGUCCUCCUUAUAAGAAGCCACAUGAUUUAAAGAAGAUGUGGAAAGUUGGUGUAUUAACAGCUGUAAUAAAGCACAUGUCACCCGACAUUGCAAAAAUCAGGAGGCAUGUCCGCCAAUCAAAGUGCUUACAAGAUAAGAUGACUGCAAAGGAGAGUGCAAUUUGGUUGAGUGUAUUGAGUCAAGAAGAAUCCCUUAUUCAGCAGCCUAGCAGUGAUAAUGGCACUUCUGGCAUAACUGAAAUGCCUCGACGUGGACGUGGUGAGAAGAAGCAACUUGCCAUUAGUAGUGACAGUGAUUAUGAUGUCGAUGCUGUAGAUGAUGGUAUGGGUUCUGUUUCAUCUAAAGAUAACAGGGCAAAUACACCAACAGAUGUGGAGCCAUUAAGAAUUAUCCAAAAUGACACCCCUCAUCCUGCCCAAGAUAAAGAGCAAGAGGAAAAGCAACAUUCGAGAAAAAGGCCUCGUUUGAAAUCAAUUCAUAAAGAUAGGCUGUCCAAGAUGCCUCUCAAUGAGCAUUCACAUGCUGAACAGAGUAACACUUUGCCUGAUAUCAACCAUGCUGAUUUACUGCCAAUGGAAUAUCAAAUGAAUGGCGAUGGGCAGGAAAAUGAUUUGACCACUGAUUUGAGGCUUUUGAAGAAAGGUUUCGAAGAUCAAUCCAAUCUAAACCCAGCACUUAACUAUUACCCUGCCAUUUCUGGUGCCAAUGGUAGUUCUAUUGGUGGCAUGCAAGUCGAUGGAAGUUCCAUGUUUUAUCCUGUCCUACAUAAUUCGGAGUUGCAUAAUGGAUCUUCUUAUAAUGUCUAUAAUCCGUCAGUUGACUAUGGGCCUGCUCAUGAUAUGCAGUCAUCUCAAUUGCCUCCAGUCAGGCCACAGGAUGAUGAAGGCCAUGCAUCAGCACUACAUAGGGGUGAAAAUGAGAUUAUUGGAGAGCAGUUGCAUCAUUUCGUUGAGGAAUUUCCUGAUGAACAAGAUCGAACUUUUGAUUCUUCACUACCCUUCCCAUGGGAAUUUACUGAUGGAGGACUUGCAAGUCCAUUAGAUCUUGGACGUGAAUUCAUUAUUGAUCCAGACGAUUUGAUCUCAUACUUUGGUGCAUAGGUUCAAAACUUCAUAUUUCAGAUUAUAGAUGGGACUGUUGAAACUGCACCUAUUAGACAUGCUGAUACUACAAUUGUCAAUUUGUCUUCAUAUGUAAGUUAUGAGCUUAUUUUUCCCUUAUUAUUCUCCAUGACUAAUUUAUUUUAUUAGGAAAUUAGGGGCGGGAUAAAUAAUUUUUAUCUUUUCAUAGCUGGCCAGAGUUUUCCUCAAUGAGAAUUAGAAUUGAGGAAUUGAUGUAAAGGAAUCAAUGUGUUCGACUGGAUAAAUACAAAAUUAUGAUAUAUUUCACUACCUUUUGACAAGAA